GUUGACUUGCUGGCAGAGGGAAAUUACGAGUGUGCCAUUCACGCUGGUUCUAAAUACCACGAUCCAACAAGACCGGAGGACGACGAUCGCCGGAUUUCUUCUCAUUUAAAAGUCUACUUGAAAACAUCCCACAAUGAGUGGAAAGAUUUCAAAGGAAUAUCUCUUUGAGUGUGUCAAUGCCGUUCUUCAGGCAUCCACCGUGGAGAAGAAACGCAAGUUCUUGGAGACCGUGGAACUCCAAAUUGGACUCAAGAAUUAUGAUCCCCAGAAGGAUAAGCGUUUCAGUGGCACUGUUAGGCUGAAGUCCAUCCCUCGCCCAAAGAUGAACGUAUGUGUGCUAGGAGAUCAGCAACAUUGCGAUGAGGCCCAGGCUAACAACAUCCCUUGCAUGGAUGCUGAGGCCCUCAAGAAAUUGAAUAAGAAUAAGAAGCUUGUUAAGAAACUUGCCAAGAAGUAUGACGCAUUUUUGGCUAGCGAGUCGCUCAUCAAGCAGAUUCCUCGUCUCUUGGGACCUGGGUUAAACAAGGCUGGAAAGUUUCCUGGUCUUCUAACUCAUCAGGAGUCUAUGACACAAAAGGUUGAUGAAGUUAAGGCCACCAUUAAAUUCCAAAUGAAGAAGGUCUUGUGCCUUUCUGUGGCGGUGGGUCAUGUUGGAAUGAGUUUGGAGGAAUUGGCUUCUAAUGUCCAUCUUUCAAUCAACUUUUUGGUUUCCUUGUUGAAGAAGCAUUGGCAAAACGUGCGAUCCCUUCAUAUUAAGUCCACCAUGGGAAAAGCACAACGGCUGUUUUAAACAACGGUUGUUUUUAUUACUUCGAAAAUUUACCAUUUUCUUUGUAAAACUUUAAUGGUAAUUAAACAUGGAUGGGUUUCGUAUGAUAAAAGACGA